UCUGCUAACAUAUAUCGAAAGUAACGGUUUAAUUACAUAUGUAUAAAAGAACUUGUAAUUUAUAAAAAAAGUCUAGUUAAAUUUUUUCAAUUAAAUAGGGACAAUCACACACAAACUGAAUAUGUUUCAUUUAUUGAAAAUAAUAUUAAUAGUUUUAAUAAAUCAGACGUACGCGUAUAUCACACAAGACAGCGAAAUAAUAUUGCUGCCGGCAUGGAACCCGGCAGGAGCAAAAAAGAUUCCAUUAACUCUGAAAGUUUUCGGAAAAUUCAUACAGCUCAACCUGCGUAGAAAUGAUCAGGUUGCAUCGUCUGCGUUCGAUGUAUGGGGAAAUAACGCAAAAGGUGUUGCAGAAAAAUUGUGGAAGUUGAAAGCAUUGGAUAAUUGCUUUUAUUUUCACGAAGGUCAUGUCAGCUCUGCGGCCAUCAACUUUUGUCAAGAACAUGGAUUGGAAGGAAUUAUUUUUGUGGAAGACGAUAUAUUAGAGAUUCGACCUUUGCGAAACGUGUUCACACCUUUGUUCUUCAUCGACGAUUUCUGCGUUACAAAAGAGAAGAAUCUUUCAUUCGGCAUACCUUACCUCGUUAAAAGAUUGCUGCCAUAUUUCGCCGAUUUCGAUUUUUUGCACAAUAUCAGAUUAAAACGAGGUUACAUCGAUAAAAUACAAAAAAUAAAAAAAAAUAAGACACAAAAACCAAACGGGCAAGUAAAAUUUACCAUAGAAUUGGCCGUAUUCGUUGAUGUAAAUGCAUAUCGCAAGUUUAAGUCUAUUCUACACGAUGAUACAAAGAUUAACGAUAUGAUGUAUGCAUAUGUGAAUAAUAUGCAGACAUUUUUUCAUCUUCCGACCUUAGGUAUCCCUAUCGAUAUUUCUUUGGUACAUUUAAACAUUUUGCAAAAUCAACCGGCAACUUUGAAUGUUACUGACAGAAGUUUAUCAUUGCUCCUUUCGUUCUGCAAGUACACGAAAGCACUCAAUCCUCCAUAUGAUAACCUGACAGAUACAGGUCACUGGGACAUUAGCCUUUACAUAACAGGAACAGAUCUUUUUGAGUACGAAUUAAUAGCUCAUGGGAUUGCAGUGAAAACAAACUAUGAAGUUUGGGGACAAACUUACUUUGAUGGCGCAUGCAGCCACCAUAAUUCAUGCGCGAUAGUCCAAUUUCCUCCAAAUGAAAUCGAAAGUUCAGGUUUAAGAUCGUCUCUUAAUGCCGUUCAUUUAAUUGGCAGUCUUUUAGGAUUGGAACCCGAUGGGGAACAAAAUGAUGAAACCAUGAACAAUGUGCCUAUAAUGUCACGUGUUCGGCCUUAUCGAGGAAACAUAACAUGGUCCCCAAAGAGUCGCGAAAAGAUAAAAAUUCAGUUGAAAAAGAAAUCGUGUUUGCGAGAUAAUAUGAAGCGCAAAAAACUCGUUGAUAAUGACGAUGGUAAUAACGAUGACUAUGAUGAUAAUUGGGCGACAUCUGAUAUACUUCAAGAUUCGCAAUAUUACGGUUUACCCGGAAGAGAAUGGACCGCUAAAGCACAAUGUGAAUUAUUUUUGCGCGACAAAGAUGCAAAUGUGAUCACGUUACAUGGUAUAUGUCAAAAUUUACAAUGUGAGACGCCUCACAAGAAUAAGUCUUACUUCUCCGGACGCGCGUUGAAUGGAACUCAUUGCGCACUCGGGAAAGAAUGUCGUGGCGGAGAAUGCGUGCCCAUUAUCGAACCGCCGUAUAUUUUUAAGUAUUGUGAAGAUGACAACUGGAGUGAAUGGAAGGAAGACUCUUGUAAAAGCAGUUGCUUAAAGGAAAUCCAAAGGCGUACUUGUCAAACGACGUUCUUGCGAACAUAAGGCUCAUAGAACGGCGAAUUGCAUAGGAUUAUAUCACAACAUGGUUAUUUGCGAUGAUAUCUUGCUCUGCACUGAGGAACGAUGGUCGAUCGACGAGAUUACUUACACAAAAUGCAGGAAGUUUAACAAAUUUGCGAAAGAUGCAAAUUUGACGGGCAAACUGUCAGUAAAUCUGCCGGGGCGACAGUAUUCUCAUGAUGCCAAGGAACCGUGGAUAGCAUGUACUAUAUACUGUCGAAAGAAAAAAUCAUCUGAUUACUACGCUCCACGCCAAGAAAUGCUCAACAUUGGUGUCGACCCGUACUUUCCCGAUGGAACGUUGUGUCACAAGAAAGAUGGCCAAAAUUAUUACUGCCGGCAGCAUCAUUGUCUGCCGGAAAAUUACUCAUUCGAAGAAUAUAAAUAAUUCGAAAAAUUAUUGACGGGACAUGAUCAAAAUGUAUGAAUGAAGAUCCAAGGAACAAAAAUUGCAAACUGCGUGACAGUUUAGAACCGUUGAUCAAUUUGUUACCAUUUGACUUAAAAUUCGCUGAAUUAUCGUUGUUAAUUUUUAUUUCAUUUAUU